AUUCUGGCUAUCAAGAUUGGCAUAAGUAUUCUGAAUUCUAUUUUAUACUAAUAUAUGUGUUUGUGUGUGUGUGUGUGUAAAUGUAAUUUCUUUUAAAAAUCAAGUUCAAACCGACAACGAGUUGAGCAUCACCGAUGAAUUGCCGCACGUUGUUGAAACUCCAUCUACAUUUACAAUACCAGGUGGCAGCACAGCAUCAUUUGAUCGCCUACCAGCAAUCACAACCGAGUCUUGCGUUGCUUCAGACAUUAACAACCAGGAUAAACUUGAAACAGAGCAGCUUGAUUUGAAGCAACUUCAGCCGGACUACUUCGAGCGCAUGCAGCAGUUGGAGCAUAGACUAGAGUUAAUGUUGACCAAACUUGACAGCCCUACUGCAAACCAAGCUGAGAGUCCAGACACUCAUUCUAUUAAUGACAACAACAGCCAAAUGAAAAACAAGCAUGAUGCAGAGAGGGAAAUGUUACAUGAAAAACAGCUCAAAAUGAUAGAAGCAUUGAAAGGGCAAGUGAAUGACCUGAUUAAUGAAAAUGAAGACUUGCAGUUAGUCAUAGCGAGACUGCGCUACACUAAGCACCCAGGGAAUUCAGAGACGAUUUUACAUCAGAAGCCAGCAACAGAUGCUGCCACAUUAGAUUACACACCUUCACAGCAGCUCGAAGGGAAGGGCAGACUUAAACUGAAAGAUCUUUUGGUUGGCGUAGAUGUAGCUAAUCAGGAUGAAUAUUUACACGAUGCCAUUGAGCUGCAGAAAAGUAUUGCAGAAGAGUUGAAAGUUUCUGAGGACACUGAAUACGAUGCAGAUGUAGAAGAUGAAGAUGAUGCUGAUGAUAUUGAUACUACUGGUACUACUGAAUAUGAUUUUAGCAGUGAUGCUUCUGAAGAAAAUGAAUAUGAUGAUGGUAACGAUUAUGACUAUGGUGAUGAUAGUAAUUACGGUAUUGAAGAUGAUUACAGGGAUAUUGCAGAUGAUUUCGAGGAUGAUAUCGAGGAGGUGACAGGAGAUACCAACAUCAAAAAUAAAGCAUAUUCUCAGCAUGCUUGCCAGGAAAAGUGCAUGCGUCUUUGUGAGAAUCUACUACACCUGGAUACUAAGGCAUCCGAUCAAUCUCACCAAUUGCCACUUAGUAUCGACAACUUCAACUGUUCAACAUGCAUUACGUAUCUAAUGUCACCAGAUGUGGUCGGUGACAUUUUGUCUAGUCCGAAAAAGAUGGCAAUUGUCACAGAAAUGUACGUUUUGAACAUGUCAGUUUCAUGUGGUGACAAGGAUUUAUUCGAGCUGGUGUGGAAACGCCUGUCACAAUUGUCCUAUAUUGAUGGCACCAUCUUCAAUGAUAUCUGGGAGUCCGUCAACAGGUUCUGGUGGCAAACAAAUAUUACUGAAAAGAUGCAGGACGUCAGUGAGGCAUUUAGAAGUGCACAGGACAAAGUAAAGCAAUCAUUUAAAGACUUACAGAUUCAGCACAAUCUUGAAAACGUGGCAGAGGUUACCAAAGGUGUGGCUUCUACAAUACACAAUCACCUUCUGAACACUUGGGAUACAGCUAAAACAACAGGAGAGCGAAUUGCAGAUGUACACCUGAGUGAUGUGAAAGACAAGUUUAAUAAGCUUAAGGAGCACGUUGGGACGACUCUGAAGAUGGCACGGCAAGAACAUUGGGUUGUCCCUGUCACCGAUAAACAUGAUAGACGUAAUACCCAGCAGGUAGGCCAUGGUCAGGGUCGUGAUCGUAAAAAAGGUGAUAGUGGUAAUCAGCAGAGCAGGAAAGAUAAAACAAUAAAUUAUCAACACACUAAGUUAGGUCGAGAUAUACAAAAAUCAUUCAAAGUUUUUAAGUGUUCUGAAAGUAUGAAUAGAAGAAACGCCGUUGGAGACUACCUGCGGGAAAUCCAGAGGCCGCUGAUGGAGUUUAAGGCUAUUUUAACUGUGAGUAAACAUGUCCGAUGGAACGAGCUUGGCAAAGAGAAUCGCCGAAUCUUUCUAAAAGAUAUGCACAGGCACAUGGAGGACUUUGUGUACAAGAAGUAUACCACUACAGACCUUAUGUGGUUGGGCUGCCAGCAAUGGUGGUGGAGCGAGCUCAUGGGUACCCCCUUCUCGACAUACCUGCAUCCUUGUUACUGCAAGUUCCAUUUAUGCAAGUGGCAGGUGAGGCAAGCGAAGGCUGGCGGCUUCACCGAUGGUACCUGGAUGAAACGUGUUCUAGAGACUGAUGGUUCAGCAGCAGACGGAAUUGAACACGAGGCACUUGGAUAUGGAAAGCAGCAUCAUACAGAGGAAGAAUCUACGUGGCUCCUCCGGCGUGGAGAGGAUAGAGAUCAGCAGAGGGCAAGCAAAAGCAACUGGUUAAUCACACGAGGUUAUGCCAGAGAAGCUAGGAGGAAUAAGGAGAGCUCCAAUGACUGAAGUGACGUACUUUAGGAUACAGUAGGAGGUAGGACUUCACUGGCUGACACAGGGGUUGUCACAGCUGAAUCAGCCACUGCAAUGUUAAUUAGUACUUGUAAUAUCGACUGCUAUUUAUACAAUAUAGUACAUUACCAUGUUUAUAGUGAUAAUUAUUGAUUGCUGUUAAUCGAAAUACUACAUGAAAUGACUAGACUGUAUAGGUAGUAGUACAAAGGUAUUUGUUUUAAUAAUUUUAUUAUUAAUUGUUUAUGCACACUGUAUAAGAGCAGCUAUUUAUAGAAGAUUCAAUUUAUGUCUAAGAAGUUUCACAUGUCAUUGAUGAAACUUUCUUAUAUCCUUUAAUCACAAUUGCUAAUUUUCGACAUAAAUUCAAUUGAGAGAAAUGUAGAUUUAUGUUCCAAGAGGUUUUUAGGUGACUGUAUUGCAGACGAUGCUCAAUUGAAAAGAUGUCGGAGCUUGCCCAUGUUUCGAAAU